UUUUAAACCAAUACACAAAUUUUAAAUUUUUUUAAAAAAACCAAAUUUUACGAUAUUUAACAUUCUUAAUGUCGGACGUAGAAUUGCAAGCCGGUCAUCAUCCAACACACCAUGUCGCCGUAACGGCCAAAAAGGUAGUUCACCGUAAGCGAAAGAGCGGAGGCUCCAAAAGGAAAGCUGCAGUUCACCACAAAAAGCCAGCAGCCGCACAUGCUGUUGCUAAAAAGAGAGCGGGAGCAAAACCGAGAGCGCACAAGAAAAAAGCCACCAAGCCAAAAACGGCAAAAGCACCAAAGGCGAAAAGGGCAAAAUCACAUAAGAAGAAGGCAGCAGCAAAGAAAUAGACCCAUAUGCAAUACUUUAUAUUAUAAAAUUCAGGGAAUUCUUUUUUAUUAACAUUUGACCAUUAAAUCAUGUAAAUUAUUUAUAUAGUACAUAAUAAUCAAACCCGAUAAUAUUUAUAUCUAUGUGUAUAUUAAAGUAGAAUUUAGCGAUGUCAUGUGAAAUAAAAUAUUUUUGUAUCCUUA